CGGAACCAAUGCCAAGCUUGUCGACUAAAGAAGUGUCUCCAAGCUGGCAUGAACAAAGAUGAUACCUCCCAAGGAUGGCUGUCCUGGAUUUGCAACCUGAUUGUCAUCUUCUUCGUCUACAUCUGCACCUUCAUAACAUUUCCUAUAACAGGAUGGUUUGUACUGAAGACGGUGCCUAACUACGAGAGGAUAGUAACAUUUCGUCUGGGUCGCGUUGGUCCUCCAAAGGGCCCCGGUAUUGUCCUUGUGCUGCCCCUCAUUGACCAGUGGCAGAAAGUAGACCUGCGCACCCGUGCUUUCAACAUCCCUCCCUGCCAGGUGAUUACUCUGGAUGGCGGUGUGUUGUCAGUGGGAGCAGACAUCCAGUUCAGGAUCUGGAACCCCGUCAUGUCAGUACUAUCAGUCCAGGACCUGAACCUCUCAACUCGGAUGACGGCACACAAGGCUUUGACCUACAGCCUGGCCAAGAAGACUGUCAGGGAGAUCCAAACUCAGAGAGUUAAACUUGGAGAAUAUCUCGGGAUGGACAUAAAUGAGAUGACUCAACCAUGGGGGCUGGAGGUGGACAGGGUAGAGCUUACCCUAGGAUCUGUACUUAAAGCACCAGGGGAAGGCACCACAGCACCCCUCAUCAUGCCACCCUCUGUGCCUGGACUGGAAGGCCUCACUGGCCCCAUUCAGCAGUUGGCCAUGCACUUUCUGGGCCACAGUAGCAUUUCACAGCCUCAACAAGUGGCUUGCAUGGACCCAAGUAGCUCUUUCUGCAACCUUUAUUGCCGUCUGGGUGACGAGGAGGAUGAGGUAUGGACCCUGCCAACGACUGGUUUUCCAGCUCUUGCUGCGGAAAUCCUUGAUCAGCACCGUGUCUCCGGGCUGGAGGCUGCGCAGGGGUCCGUCUGCAGAUGAAACAGGCACCGUUAUUCUGUGGAGGCCCUUCACGUCCU